AUGGGCGCGCCGCCGAAGCUGAGCCGCGCGCCGCUCGUGCGCGCGCCGGGCGAGUCCGACGACGACGCGCACGCGCGGUUCCGCCGCGAGAAGUGCAUCGGCGUCGAGUGCGACGGCGACUGCCUCAACCGGAACAUGGAGAUCGAGUGCGACCCCGCGACCUGCCCCAUGGGCGACAAGUGCCAGAACCGGUGCUUCGCGGCCAGGCUCGGCAGCAAGGUCUCCGUCGAGAAGGCGGGCCGGUGCGGCCGGGGCCUCUUCGCCCGCGAGCCCAUCCCCGAGGGCGCCUUCGUCGUCGAGGCGCUCGGCGAGCUCAUCAGCGAGGAAGAGGCUCAGGAGCGCCUCGCGACGGCGCGCGCCAACGGCGACGAGCACUACUACAUGCUCGCGGCGUCGGACGCGGCGACCAAGGGGCUCGUCAUCGACGCGACGCGCAAGGGCAACGAGUUCCGCUGGGCGAACCACAGCUGCGACCCGAGCUGCCGCCUCGAGAAGUGGCGCUGCGGGAGCCAGGACCGCUACGGCAUCGUCGCCCUGCGGUCCAUCAAGCCGGGCGAGGAGCUCACGUACGACUACCGCUGGGCGAGCUUCGAGCGGUGCUACUGCGGCGCGGCCAACUGCGUCGGCGUCAUGGACGGCGUCAAGAAGAACCCAGUCGGCGCCGCGGCGCGCUAG